AAAGGUACAGCCCCUAGUGACAGCUUUUGUACCUUUAUUUCUGAGAGUGUGCCAAGUGAUUGACAGGCCAUUGACUAAUGAGAGCAGGCUUGAGGCGUGUUGACAUGAGUAGUCCCGCCCACAAUGAAGAAAUGCAGCACGAUCAGGCAGAGGAAGAUCAGGACUGUGCAGGUAUGAAGAGCACAAGGGGACAUUCCUGAAAAAAAACUGCCGAAAACACAUGUGAAUCUGGUUCAGAAUGGCAAUGUUUAACAGUACUGGAAUACUGGAGACUGGAACUAAUGAUAGUCAAGUCUACCGUUGUACUUUAAAAGAACAAUUCAAGUACAUUCUCCUCCCAGUGAGUUACACUCUGGUGUUUGUGUUCGGUCUGGGGUUGAACAUCACGGCCAUGUACAUCAUCCUGUUUCGCACCAAACACUGGAAGCCCUGCACCAUCUACAUGAUCAACCUCAACGUCUGCGACACGCUUUACAUCCUCACCCUGCCGUUCCUCAUCUACUAUUAUGCAGAUAAGAACGACUGGCCGUUCGGUGAGCUGAUGUGUAAGCUGAUUCGCUUUCUCUUCUACACAAACCUCUAUGGAAGCAUCCUCUUCCUCAGCUGCAUCAGUCUGCACCGGUUUCUAGGCAUCUGCCACCCGAUGCGCUCUUUGUACUGGAUGAACCGCCGGCGUGCUCGUAUGAUUUCUGUAGGAAUAUGGCUGAUCAUUCUCAUCUUACAGGCACCGCUUCUUUAUUUCUCCCGGGUGAGACAAAAUGACAAUGAUCUGGUCUGUCAUGACACCACCAUCAAGGAGCUCUUCAAUGACUUUUUGGUCUACAGCACGGUGGUGAUGUUUCUCCUUUUUGUCCUACCGUUUGGGGUGGUGCUGGUCUGCAGCGGCCUGAUGGUGAAGAAACUUCUUGAUCCCGGAGAUCUCAGAGAACCAAUGUCACAGCGUUCCAAACAGAAGUCGGUGAAGAUGAUUGUUGUUGUGCUCUUGGCUUUCAUGGUGUGCUUCUUGCCUUUCCAUGUGAACCGCAGUAUUUACUACACCUUACGUUUCCUGGACAAACAUGACUGCAACAUAAUACGUCUCUCCAAUAAUAUCUACAAGGUCACGCGACCUCUGGCCAGUCUCAACAGCUGCAUUGACCCCGUCCUCUACUUUAUGGCGGGACAGAGCUUCAGAAACAGCUUCAACAAGAAAUCAAGAAUAAAGACUCACAAAUAACAUUCAGCAUUACAGUUAAAAAUCAGGAUUUUUACAAAUAUCUUUAUUUCAUAGAAUGACCCAGGAAGAUCCUGGCCAGGAUUUCUAAACUGGCUAAAAUGUGUUGCAUUUGUGUUGCAUUGCUUUGACCGUUUUCUGUCGAUCCCAUCUUCUUAGAUGCCACAGUCGGUC